AGUAUCGUGCGAGGGAUCAGGGAAUGUGGGAAUAUCCCAAGUAGGGGAGGAACCUACAGGGCCCAGACGGAUCGGUCAGUCCAACUCCCGGCCCUGCACGGGACACCGGGCGCACCCACAAAACACCGUGAGGGGGAAAGGACACACAAGGAUCAGGGUGACACAAGACACGGGAGCACAUGUACACGGAGACACAGGAACACGGUGACGUGGCUGCUCAUGGGCAUGGCAGUGACAAGGACACGGGGACAUGACUGCUCACAGACAUGGCCACGCAAUGGCAGAGACAUGGGGACACAGAGGGACACAGUGACAUCUAACAGUCCCUGCCAGCCAACAGUCCCUGCCCUGCCUUCCUCCCGUUGACAUUCUAGAACAUGGAAACCAAACCGUUGCGCUGCUGUGGUGUCAUCAGUUUGGGCACAGCACAUGAGGGGUACAUUGAUGGCAUCCCCUUGGUGACAACAUCGGGGUGGCACAUUGGUGGUAGCCCCUUGAUGACAGAACCUUGAGGGGUGGCACAUUGGUGGCACCCCUUUGGUGACAAUCUCGAGGGUGGUACAUUGGUGACAAACCUGCAGCCAUUUCUUUGGUGACAGCACUGAAGCCAUCACCAGUGACAGCUGGCCCACUGGUGGCAGCCCCUUGGUGACAAACCUGCAGUCGUUUCUUCGGUGACAGCACCUCAGGCGUGGCACAUUGGUGGCAGCCCCUUGGUGACACUCGUGCCGCCACCCCCAGUGCCAGCAGUCCCUGGCCAUGCUGCGGCUCCACGUGGUCAGUGUCCACAUCCCUGGGGCCACCAGCUUUGGUCCCGGUGUCCGUCUGUCUGUCUGCUUCCGAGGUACCUCCAGGAGAACCCAGGUGGUGCCUGAGGAGCGCAGCCCCACCUGGAAUGAGGAGCUGGUGUGGUCACUGGACGAGUGUCCCCUGAGUCCCAUGGACACACUGAGCCUGCGCCUCCAGCACUGGGACCAGCCGGUGCCCUGGGGGGACCUGGGUGGCACCACAGUGUCAUUGGACCAGUUGGUGGCCAACCCCAGCCUGCCGAUGGCCCGCAGGGAUGUCCUGCUUCUGGACCACUGGGAUAAGCCCACGGGGUGCACCGUCACCUUCCGCUGUUACUACACCCCCUGUGGCAAGGCUGGGAGUGCCAUGGUCACCCCUCAGGGAUGGGUGGCACUGCCAGGUGCACUGGAGCUACCUCAGAGCUCUGGCAGGGCCCCCGUGCAGAGGAAAGAGGAUUUCCAGGUCCGAGUGAGGAUCAUCCAGGCCCGGCAGCUCCAGGGCAACGACAUUAGGCCAGUGGUGAAGGUGUUCAUUGGGAAGCAGCAAUUCCGGACCCGGAGCCGGACAGGGAACAACCCCUAUUUCAAUGAGGUGUUCUGCCAAAAUUUCCACGAGACACCAGAGCAGUUGGUGGCACAGCCCAUCCGGAUCCAGGUGCUCCGUUCCAAAAACCUCUGCACCAAAGCCAUCAUUGGCACCUUUGAGCUCAACAUUGGCACUGUGUACUCUGCACCAGGGCGCAGCCUGAGCUGGAAGUGGCUGAGCCUGCAGCACCCGCGGCACCACGACGGCCGCUCCCAGGGGUACCUGCAGGUCAGCCUGGCCGUGCGCCGGGCCGGGGAGAGAGUGCAGGAGCAGGAGGUGCCAGCGGGGGACGAAGAUGUGGAAUCCAACCUGCUGCGCCCACCCCCACGUGCCACCAUGCUGCAGAUCCGCGUGUACCGUGCCCAGGACCUGCCGCAGAUGGAGCCGGUGCGGCCGUGCCUUGGCGGCAGGAGGGGCUCAGGGAAGGCGGUGGUGCGGGUCAGCUUUGCCGGCAGGACGCUCUGCACCCGAGUGAUGCCCUCCAGUGCCAACCCUGAGUGGAACGAGGUCUUCUUCUUCCCACUGCAGCUGCCCCCCAUCUAUGAGGAGAUCCAGCUGGACCUUCUCCGAGGGUCGUGCCGGAGCAAAGUCCUGGGCACUGCCACCAUCCCGUUGUCCCAGAUCUACCGAGACCCUGAGGAGCUACAGGGGGGGACCCCUGGCUUCCUGCCCUGCUUUGGACCCGCCUUCCUGCCCCUGUAUGGCCCCCGGCCCAACUGUGCCCAGGACUCGGGGGUGGAUUAUCAGGGUCGGGUGCUCCUGGAGAUCCGCACCCAUGAGGGAACCGUGGACGGGCGGCAGAGAGACAUUGUGGCACCCGUGGAUGUGGAACGGGCACAGCAGCAGCUCCUGCCUCGGUGCCAGUGGGGGCUCUGUGGGGUGUUUUACUCAGCCACAAUGGUCCCAGAGGGUCCUGAUCCACUGGGAUUUGAGCUCAGGAUUGGACAUGACUCCUCAGCCACCCCGCAGAGCCCCCCCAUGUUUGAUGGGAACCUGUACCACCACCUGUCCUGGCACGGCGACAAGCCAGUGGUGGCCGUCACCUCAUCCUGGGAGGACAAUUGUCACCGCUGGGACACCCUGAACCUCCUACGUGCUCUGUGCCGGCGCCUGGAGAAGAAUGUGGCGGAGCUGCGGUGCUGCCACAGGGAUGCUGCAAGGGACAUGGGCGUGAAGCUACUCUGGGAGCUGGAGCAGGACUGCACGCGGGCACUGGCCCAGCUGGAGGCACAACCCACGCCCUCCACGGCUCUGGAUGAACAGCUCAGGAAUUCCCGGCGGCUUCUCCUGCGGCAUUUGUGGAAUGUGGCCAAGGAGGCUCCAGUAAAGGCUGGGAAAUACGACUGGGACACACUGGUGUUGGGGGCUGAGAGGUGGCUCAGACGGGUGGCUGCCCUGGCAGUGGAGCCCCAGGCGGGUGUCCCCAACUUGGUGCUGUGGCUGCUGCGGGGGCAGCAGCGGGUGGGCUGUGCCCAUGUCCCUGUCACCGAUGUCACCUUCUCACCAAUCGGUCCUGACGCCUGCGGGCGGCUCUGCGGGAGGAUCCAAACCAUCUUCCUGGGCUCUGAGACGGUCCGUGCCCAGGUCCGUGUCCGACUGUGGCUGUGCCGAGUGUGCGACAGUGGGGCCCUGCCUCCGCUCCUCGAGGGGUCCCUGCACUUCCACGCCGAGACCUACGAAAACCGGACGAGGCUUCUGGGGAAAUGGAGGCCCUGGAAGCUGUUAGGGCAUCCGCCCUUCUCAGAUGCUACCGGCAGGGAGGGGCUCCCUCCAGGAAAGAUCCAGCCCCCCAAAGGAUGGCGCUGGGAGGGGCCCUGGAAUGUGGAGGUGCAGAAGAGGGAGAUGCUGGACACAGGCAGUGCCGUGUGUGAGAUGCUGCAGGAGCUGAAAGGGAACCAGAUCCAGAGGAGCCACUCCAACGGGGCCUCCUCGGAAACCGACCCCGGGGCGGUGUCAGAGGACAAACCCUGUCAGUCUGAGUGUUUCUGGCCCUGCCCCUUCCGUCCCAAACCCCUGGGGAGUGCCCAGAGGGGGGCCCUGUGCCAGCGGCGCCGCUGGCACCGUGGCUUGGUGCUCGCCCAGCCCAUGGCUGUGGCACCCCUGUUCCUGCUGCAGGGAGUCCUGGACAUGGAGGACACAUCCAAGGAGGACAAUCCAGCUGUGGCACUGCUAGGACCCUGGGGGUCCCAGCACGCCCUGGAGCAGCCCCCGCCCUUCAUCCUCUGCUCCUUCCCCCGUCCCAGCCGCUUCCAGCUCCGCUGUUACCUCUUCCGGGCCCUGGAUCUGACCCCUGGUGUCUUCAAGACCUCCAUAGACGCCACCGCCCACGUGUCAAUCGUGGAUCGGAGCCAACGCUCCCGGGUCACACGGGAUGUCCUGGACCCACUCUGGGAACAGACACUGCUGCUCCACCCGGUGCUGCUGUUCGGGAACCCCCAAGGGGUUCAGGAGGACCCUCCAGCUGUGGUGGUGGAGGUGUUUGACCAGGCUGGGGAGGGUGCAGGUGUUUUCUUGGGGAGGUGUGUGUGCACCCCUGAGGUUUGGCUGGAUCUGGGACACUGGGAGCCCCCCCGGCUCCAGUCUCACCCCCUGUGGGGGCCGUGGGGCCCGGCCGGGGACCUGGUGGCUGCCUUCGAGCUGCUGCUUGACUCUGAGGAUGGGACCCUGGCGGCACACAGCCCGCCCCCGCUGAAGAAGGACGUGCUUGGCAUCCCCCUGGGAAUCCGGCCACGGCUCCAGAGGGUGGCACUGGAGGUGCUGGCCUGGGGGCUGCGGGGACUGCGUAGGGCUGUGAGGGAACCCAGGCUGGAGCUACAGUGGGAGGACCAGACCUUGUGGACCCCCGUGAUCAAGGAUUUCACCUCCAACCCCAAUUUCCCCACUACCACCUUCCUGCUGACCCUGACCCUGCCAGAGGAAGAGCAGUUGGUGCCCCCCAUCCGGCUGCGGGUGUGGGACAGGGGGAACAGGGAGCUGGGGGUCCUGGUGGGACAGGGCUGCGUGAGGGGACUGGGCCAGUACCGCUGCAGGACCCCCAGCCUGGAGCAGCUCCCCCACCAGGAGCAGCUCCCUGGCCCUGGAGACACUGGGACUGGCUCCUAUACGGUCGUGUCUAUGCCAGACGAGCCCCUUUCGCUGUCAGCCAUUUCCAGCCUCUGGAAUGGUUUGUGUUCCCACCUCCUCGUCAGAACCCAGGCCAGGAUCGCCCGGAUCCUGCUCAGCUGCCUUGGGAAGAAGGGGGGUGGUGACAAGGACAUGGAGGAGGAGGAGGAGGAGGAGGUGGACUGGUGGAGCAAAUUCUACACGGCCCUGGAGGAUAAGGGAGAAAUCCAGUGGAGAACAAACAGGGACAGACUGAAGAUCUAUGGCUGUGAGCUGGAGGCUGUGCCUGAGUUCCAGGGGCUGCAGGAUUUCUGCCAGACCUUCCCUCUCCACAAACCGGGUGGUCCCCCCAUGCCAGGGCAGGAUCCCGAGCCCGUGGGUGAGUUCAAGGGGCUGUUCCGUAUCUACCCCCUGCCUGAGGAGCCCAGGGUGCCCCCCCCACCCCAGCACUUCCAGCAGCUGCCCCCCAGCAAACCCCAGGAUUGCCUGGUGCGGGUCUACAUCAUCCGGGCCUUUGACCUAUCCCCCCGUGAUGUCACUGGGCUGAGUGACCCUUAUGUCCGGGUGUCCCUGGGGAAGAGGACCCUGGGCCAGCGGGACCAGUACGUGCCCAACACACUGGAGCCCGUGUUUGGCAGGAUGUUCGAGGUGACAGCCACUAUUCCCCUGGAGAAGGACCUGAAGGUGACACUGCUGGACCGUGACCGGCUCCCCCCGGACCAGGAGAUCGGCAGCACCUCCAUCGACCUGGAGAACCGGCUACUGUCCAACCACCGCGCCCACUGUGGGCUGCCCACCCUGUACCACACUGCAGGCCCCGCAGCCUGGAGGGACCAGUUGUGCCCGAGCAGGACCCUGGAGCUCGUUGCUCUCACCCGGGGGCUGCCCCUCCCUGAGUUCAGCCCCGACGGAUCAGCUGUGACCUUCAACCACCGAACCUUCCUCCUCCGGCACUUUGAGAGUGGCCCCCCCACAUUCCGCCACCCCGGCCCCCCCCGGGAGCGCCUGGCCCUGCACGUGCUCAACCUGUGCCCCUUUGUGCCCGAGCACCUGGAGACACGGCCCCUCUACAGCAGUGCCCAGCCCGGUCUUGAGCAGGGCAAGCUGCAGAUGUGGGUUGACAUUUUCCCUGCCAACCUCGGACCCCCUGGACCCCCUGUGAACAUCGACCCCCGCAAGGCUGAGGGGUACGAGCUGCGCUGUGUGGUGUGGAAUGUGCGGGAUACAGACUUGGGGGACAUCAACCUGCUGGGGCAGCGCAUGAGCGACAUCUAUGUGACUGGGUGGCUGGAUGGUCUCCCUGAGCAGCGGCAGCACACGGACAUCCACUACCGCUCCCGGGAUGGACACGGUGCCUUCAACUGGCGCUUCCUGUUCCCCUUCGAGUUCCUGGCGGCCGAGAAACUCUGCGCCAUUGGACGCAGGGAGCACAUCUGGAGCCUGGACAAGACAGUGCUGAAGGUGCCACCCAAACUCAUCCUCCAAGUGUGGGACAAUGACAAGUUUAAAGCAGAUGAUCUUCUGGGCAUCCUGGAGCUGGACCUGACCAAGCUGCCCCACCCGGCCUUGACCCCCAGGCUGUGCAAGGCCAUGCCAUGGGAGCCCCCUAGCAUCCCCUGGCCCUGGUGCAGGACCCCUGCCCUGGCCCCCUCCCCAAUCAACUUAUUUCGAAUACGGCGGGUGCGGGGCUGGUGGCCCUGCACAGUGCAGGAGGAUGGUGCCCAACGGAUCUCUGGGAAGCUGGAGCUGAGCUUGGAGCUGCUGACAGCCGAGGAGGCUGAGGAGCGGCCAGUGGGGAAAGGGCGGGAGGAACCAAAUAAAUACCCAGUGCUGCCGGCACCCAGGCGCUCCAAGUCCUCGUUCCUGUGGCUGAAAUCCCCACUCCGCCUCCUGCGCUAUGGGAUCCGCUGGCGCUACUGCGGCUGGGCUGGGCUGGCGCUGAUGGCAGUCCUGCUCCUCUUCCUCAUGCACAUCCUUUUCCCGAGUUCUCUGACCGUUAAGAUGGUUGACCCACUCCGUGUCCUACAUCCUGCUGGCACAGAGCAUCCUAAAAUGGAGCAUCUCCCUGACAGAGGGGCAAUGCCAGCCUGAGGAUCCCAGGAGCCCCUCAACUCCCUCCUUCCCUGGCUGCCAACCCCUCUCUGAGCUCUUCUCUCUCUCCCCAUUGGAUUAUCCCACCAGGGAGUGAAUUGUCCGGCUCCAGAGGCUGCAUCCUGAUGAGUAUCCCACGAACUAACAAAGUCACGUCCAGCAACCAUCAAAGCGUCAUCUCCAACUCUGUGGGCUGGGGGCGAAGGACAUGAACGUGGCUCAUGGAGCAGAUCCUCAUGGAAGCAACAUUAGGGGACUGUUACGAUCAUCUUCUUAAAAUUAUUAGGGAGGCCUCUGCCCAAAUUAAGGUGCAAACGAGACAAUGUUGCGAAGUCAACAGGACGGAUUUUUAUUUAACAGUUAGUGUGGGGCAGAGAGAGAGAGAGAGAGAGAAAGAAAUAGGGAAAAGAGAGAUAAGUGGAAACAGAGAGACAGAUUAAGUAGAAAAAUAUCACCGCUCCAUAAAUUCCAAUGGUAUCCUGUUCAUCCUCUUCUUGUGGUAUUUUCGGUGGUAAGAGUUCCAGUCUUGUGGAAGUGAUGGUUGGAGCCCUUGGUCCAUUGAGGGAAGCCCAUGGUGGAGAGGGGAGAAGCCUGGGGUGGUAAAGGAAGAAGCCUGAAUGGUGAGGGAGGUCUGAGUCUGGUGAGAGAAGGAGCAAAGCUCAUGCAGUGCGGAAAGAAGCCCAUAUGGUGAAGGAAGAAGUCCAAGUGUGGUUCAUCUACCGGGGCCAAGCGAGCUUGGACGGUGGCAGCGAGGUCCUCAGGAUGUAGAUGGAUUGCCUUUUUAAGGGCUAACGAGCUCCAUCAGCCCGGGAGUGUCCCUGACCUGGAAUCGAACCCGGGCCUCGGCGGUGACAGCGCCGUGCCCUUACCACUAGACCACCGGGGGAAUUAGAGAUUCAGCAAGCCAACCCUGAGAAUGCUUGGGAUUGUUGGCGCUUGCCACUAAAGGUUGACUAUUGAAACUCUCAGACGUCUGAGUUUAGGUGCCAAGAAAAGAAGCUUCCCGUGUGGAUCUAAGUUGCUGUGGGGUACUUUCUUGGUUUUUGGUAGAUGAUGUAGCCACGUGUCAUCUAUGAGAGUGUUCUCAAAACAUUUCACUUAAUUGGAAGAUCUAUAAAAUUGGUGUGGUUUUCAGGCUGCACGUGUGUCUGUAAAUGUACGUGCACGCAACCGAAACAUAAAUGCGCUCACGUGGACAUUCGCGUUGAACAUAAUAACGAUGCAGCAGCUUCUUCGGUUAGAGAAUCCUAGAUGAGGUGGACUUCUUCUGUGGGUGCAGCUGAAUAGUUCCAAAGGCCUGUGGGAGGGUGUAGUUGCGAUGUCAAAAGGUAGCCUUCACAAAUAUAAAUAUUAACUGCUGUUUGUCACUACUUCCUUUUACUUCAACAUGUAUUUAUUUAAAAAUCCCUGCACUGUGCUACUUUUGGUGUCAGGAUUCCAGGGGACAUUACUUAGGCACCAGAGUGCCAAAAGACGUGGUCAUAUUGCCAUUUGAUCGCCGGCCUAAACUGAGGAAUUUGUCUGGGUUUGGCAAGGUAAGUUGCCAUCACAUUUUACGUAAAUAGUACGGUCUAAGUUCGGGCCGUUGCAUCGUCCUUCGGGUCCCCCUCAGUGGGUCACACGAAUCAGUUUUGUUCAGCUCAUACGUGCUUUAGGGGACAACGCCUACCAGCUGUCCUGUGUUCGUGAGGAAUUUAGCCCCUGACUCAGGAAAUACUGGAUCUCUUGGCCACGAGGAAGUAAGAGUCAUCCUCCUCGUCACCUGUGUGUGCUGUGACCGAUAAACGACGACAAAAAUCCCCAGACAAACAGAACCAAUAAGCACAAAUUUGCUUCUUGAAGACAGACCUGACAGCGAUCCAUUUCCUGUUCAGGGACUUUGGGGGUUUUUGGACUUUGAAGGGAUUAAGGCCAACAAUACAAGCCAUCAUUUCCUUUGUGAACCAUUAAUACCGGUCAUAAAAUGCACAGAACAAGUUUUAAGCCGGUUUUGCUUCGUGAUACUGGGUUCCUGGAGUUGUUUAUUUUCGUAAGCUGGUUCCUUUACUAAAUAAUCUGUGCACUUGCCUGUGAAAAAAAGAAGUUCUCUUACAGUUCCUCCUCAGAACCCUGUAUUUUUGUGAUCUUUUAUUUAGCGGAAAUGAAUGAGGUUGUUGGAAUGGAACAGUGUGAGAUCUUGCCGAGGUGUAGUCUCUAAAUUCUAAACCAGUCACGUGUAUCUAGUUUCUGCCUCAUUUAAUCAGACUCUUGGAAGUUAUAGUAGGCAUCACCAAAAGGUUAUCCUGGCUAUUUCAGGUCCCUGGAGAAAUAAAGGUGGUGAGUGGGAUCUGGUCUGAUCUGAGCUCUGGUUUAAGGGGCUUUAUCAGAAAUUCUGAUUCCUUAAAACGUAAGCACUGUGUGAGAGUCCGGCUGUUGAGGAUAGAGAUGGACUCAGCAGAUGUGGUUUUGGUGCUCUCCUGCCUACAAACCAUUGUUCUAAUUUUGCUCUAAUUCUUAUUUAGUCUGCACAGUGAAAGUAUAUACUGGGCUGGGGAGUAAAAAUGAAGAUAAUUAAUCAUCAUUUUUUCACCCAUUUCUUUGGUGUGAUUGGUGGGGGAGGCUGCUUAAUGUUCUUGAAUGGCA